GCUUUCCUUUCACAUAAAAGUCUCGGUGCGCUCGAAGAGUGUUGACGUAAUGGUCAGUGUCGCACGAAAAUAGAAGGUUGAAGCUGGUGUGAAUAGGUGCGCGCUGUUGCGAACUGUUGUAGUAAUAGUACUGGUGCACAUGUUCUUUUGGUGAUCGUUUUUCGUGGGUGCAUUAGUUCGAAGCAGGUGGAUCGAGGAGAAGCGCGAAAAGUCGAGUUCGAGGAAAGGAAAGAAGUUAAUUUGUUUCAAUUGCUGUUAUCAGGAUGGACAAGAGACAGUACGGACUUCCACCAGGUGGUCAGCCAGCUCAGGCGCCACCUAGUUACGCUCAGGCCGUCGGCGGGGUGGCCCCAUCUAGCCCGUACACCCCCAUACAGACAUCGAAGAAUGGACCGACGAUAAUGACGACCGUAGUUCCUUUGGGCCCGGAGCACACGCACAUGAUCUGUCCGCAUUGUCUGGCCGAAAUAGACACCACCAUCGACAAGAAGCCAGGGCUGAUAGCGUACAUCGCAGGAUUUCUCAUCUGCCUUAUCGGGUGUCCUUUCGGCUGUUGCCUGAUCCCGUGCUGCAUCAGCAAGUGCAUGGACGUCCACCACAGCUGCCCCAACUGCAAAGGAUACUUGGGAAUGUUCAGGCGAUGAAGAAACGACACAAGAAAAGCGCGCAUUUCCAUCAAUCCUUCACACUUUCUUUCUUCCAUUUUUUUUUGUCUCCUAGUUAAUGCUUGUUUAACUCUUCUAUUUAGAUAUAUAUUUACACAAACACACACACCAUAUAUAUAUGCAAUUUAAACACGGAACAACGCUUUAAUCGUGAUUUUUGUAACCUCUGAUCGUUCGUUCCCAAAUUAAUUAAUUUGCUAGUCUCCUAAACAAUACUCCAGGCAAAUUUUAUACUGUAUUUAUUGGUCCGUAAGGUUGUUCAUUUACAUACAUUAUAUUUUGUUAUUCUAUGUACAUUUUUU